CGCCCGUCCCGGCCUGCCCCGCUCCCCGGGCCGCUCCGCCCCGCCCGGCCCGCGCUGACGCUGGACAACAAAGAUGGCGGCGGGGAGCAGCAACUACUGGGAAGAUCUCAGGAAGCAGGCGAGGCAGCUGGAGAACGAGCUGGACCUGAAGCUGGUCUCCUUCAGCAAGCUCUGCACCAGCUACAGCAGCGGCCGUGACGGAAGGCGCGACAGGUAUAGCUCUGACACAACUCCUCUAUUAAAUGGAUCAAGCCAGGACAGAAUGUUUGAGACCAUGGCUGUGGAGAUUGAGCAACUUCUGGGAAAGCUGACUGGGAUCAAUGACAAGAUGGCAGAGUACACCAACAGCGCGGGCGUGCCGUCGCUGAACGCGGCGCUGAUGCACACGCUGCAGCGCCACAGGGACAUCCUGCAGGAUUACACACACGAAUUCCACAAAACCAAAGCAAACUUCUUGGCAAUACGAGAAAGGGAGAAUCUGCUGGGAUCAGUACGGAAAGACAUCGAGUCGUAUAAAAGCGGGUCUGGCGUGAACAACAGGAGAACAGAGCUGUUCCUGAAGGAGCAUGAACAUCUUCGGAACUCAGAUCGACUGAUAGAAGAAACAAUAAGCAUUGCCAUGGCAACAAAAGAAAAUAUGACUUCGCAGAGAGGGAUGCUGAAGUCAAUACAAAGCAAGAUGAAUACCUUGGCAAACCGUUUUCCAGCCGUGAACAGCCUGAUCCAAAGGAUCAACCUCCGGAAGCGACGGGAUUCCCUCAUUUUGGGCGGCGUCAUCGGCGUCUGCACCAUCCUGCUGCUCCUCUACGCUUUCCAUUGAUGGAUGCUCCCCCCCUGGACUCUGCUAAAACUCAUCACCACCUUCCCUCCUCCCAGCCAAGGAAGAGUGAGUGGGGGAAGCGUCAGACUUCCACAGCCUGCUCGUGGCUGGGGCUGUCAGCAUGAUGUCUGCAGCUUCUGAUGGUAGACUGUGACACUGGGCUUGGGCUGGAGCUGCAGUGUUUCUCCUCCCCUGCUGUUCACCUUCCUUUGGGGUUCAAUUUGGUGGGAUUUGUUUGCCUUUAAUUCCCCUUUCUCACUGCAAGGUAAGUGCCCGUGGGAUGCUUCAGCAGAACUGGGGGAACAGUUCCAGUGCUCAGCAGUGCUGGGGAGGUUUUGUGCUGGCUGGGGAGUGGGAAAGGAUUAAGUUUGCCUUGGGUGGAAGCUCAGCAGGAAGGCUUUUCCCUCUAAUCCCAGCCCAGUACUGAAUUUCACCCUGAGAGACGAAUAUUGCAGCUUUAAGCCUUCAGGUUGCUUUACUACUAAAUACACGUUCUGUAAUUCUUUUUAACUCCUCGUUGAGAUUCUAGUUAUUUCUGUAUAAUUCGUGCUGUGAAAACUGUGCUUCACACAAAUUCCUCGAAGUUAAAAAAAAUAAAAAGGGGGUUUCUGUUCACUUUUAGCACAGAAUAUGCAUAAAGUACCCUCUGAGGGAGAUCAUAAGAUUUCUUGUGGCUUUAAAGGGACUGACAAAGUCCCCCUAUGUAAAAAGGGAGCACAGUGUCCCAGCAGCUGUUUACUCAAGUGUUCAGUCAUCUGAAAAGUGACCAAACAUGAGUUCACCUGAAGGAACCUUUUGGGUGCAAAUACUUUGAUUCUGGCUGGUAUCGUAAAGAUCUUUAUAAAGACACGAUAAGCAGUUUACAAAGCCUAUACUGUAAUUUAGGUGAAGUUAUUCUGAUAGUGCAGUAAGAAGGACGUGAUCUAAACUGUUGAUUGGAAAUGAAAAUGAUGAUGGUUGUAGCUGAGGCAAAAGUGUCUGUGAGCAAAGGGUUUGGACAUGACUCCUCCUAGCAAAGAGCUGAAUGUAUGAGUAGUUAAACAAGUGUUAUUUACCAUUACUUGGGGGGGAAAAAAACCUCUUUUUUUUUGGUCUGGACAGGCAAAAAGAACCCUCUUGUUUGUCUGUAAACAAAGCUGACAUCUGCAGUGGUUUUGAUACUGCAGCUUCCCAGAUUAGGGAUUUUUCUGCUCUUUCAACAGCACUUUUCCAUCUGUCAUAUCAUAACCCAAUAAACUCAAGCCUUGGCACUGAAAUACCUUUCUAAGAACUUGAUUAACUCUUUUCACAAUCCACUUACAGUGCUCCUAACAGAUUCCAGGUUUUCCAUCACCCACAAAUGUCACACAGGCCCCAGGUUCUCCUCUUCAACAGAGUCCAGCGGGACAGACACAAUUUUUUACUUCAUUUUAUAGUGUCUGUGAGUUGGAGGGAACAGAGGCUUGUGUGGUGUGCAGACUCACACUGUUACACCCAAAAUGUCUGGAUUUAAAGGCUUCUUUGCAGACUUAAUAACCCUGUGCUAAAAAGUCAACAAGGGCUUCUAAUCAGCCAUCCUCCCACUGGGAUUUGGAAGCAUUUGGAAUUAAUACAUGUAAAACUGUGGGGUUUGUAUUUGAAAUAAAGGGUGAUUAUUUGGUUGAUUUGGGAACGUUCCCAUUUGGAGAUGAAGUGUUUAUUAAGGGGGUUUAUGAAAAAGCUUGAUGGAUAAAGGAGGGUUAUUAAUGGAUCUGUGUGUUGGGAGAUCAAACUUCUUCUCCCUGUUGCCUUUUCUUUGAUUCCUCCUCCACCCUAAGGGACCUUGAUCAGCACUUGUGCAUCUGUUUAGGAUUUGUAGGAUUUGGUUGCUCUAUAGUUGGCAAUAUAAGAUCUGCAGUACCGUAAAUAAAUUCAUUUAUUUAAUCUUAUAACAA